AUGGAUCUGCAAAUCUCAGUUUUUCUUCUGUUCAUUCUUUUCACUGCAGGACACUCGUUCAGAUGUUAUCAUUGCAAUGGCACUAUCUCUGACGCUUGCAAACAGACAACAUGCAAUGAAUCUUCCAGCUGCUUCACUGCAACAGCAUAUUUUGGUAAGAACGGAACUGUAAUUAAAAAUUGUUCAAAUGGCUGUCCAAGUGGCUCCAUCAACGCUGGAAACCUGAAGGCCUUUCUUUACUUGUGUAACAUGCAAGAUGCUCCAGAUCCCAGCAAUAACACUGCCAAUGGAAAGACGUGUUACUAUUGUGAUGGACAGAACUGCUCAAACAUACUGAACUGUUCAGGGAGCGAAGGGCGCUGCCUUACACAAACAGGGACUUAUGGAGAUGUGUUUUCCAAAGGCUGUGUCUCUGAAUCUAUUUGUAAUGACACAACAUUCAGUCCUCUCAUUUUGAACUUAACAUGUUGUGAAGGGAACCUGUGUAAUGGUGAUAAUGUCACCCAGAGUAUCAUCCAGACCACCACCCAGAGCUCCAGCUUAAGCUCAAGCUUCACCCACAGCUCUGCCCAGAGCUCGAGAUCCACCCACAGCUUGAGCUCAACCCAGAGCUCCACCCUAAUCUUAAACUCCACCCAGGGCUCAAGCUCCACCCAGAGCACCACCAAGAGUGCUAAUGGUGCUCAGAGUGUCACUCAGAGCUUUCUGGUCCUCUGCUGUUCUCUGUUGUCCUUCAUCCUGCUGGACUUAUAUCAACACUUGAAUAUACCAACAAAUAAAUGUGUAAUUUAAAAACAUAAUGUAUGAUUUCAUCAAUAUUACAUCAAAAAAGUAAAUUAGAAGUCAAUAUUAUUUAAAAUAAUUUAAAUAGCAUUUAUGCUGGUAAGUUUUUUGGCCUGUCCCUCACUAUGAUUUUUCUUUUUCAGGACUUUUAAUUUGCAAAAUAAAGGCACAAUGAUAUCAAAAUCACUUGCAUAUUGUUCUAAAUAGUUUCAUUAUUAAGCAAUGUUUUUGGCAUAAGUAUGCAUUUUUCCCAUAAAAUAUAAAUCAUUUUAUUGGU